AUGGCUCAAGCCCCGAUCUCCACACACCUGCCCCCAGACACCAAACCCACCAAAGCUUCCAUUGCCUAUGGCCAUCGAGCCCUGCCAAAGCUGAAUGAGGAGCUGCGGUCAGAGGACCUGACGACAAGGCAGAAAGCCCUCAUGGCCCUGUGUGACCUCAUGCACGACCCCGAAUAUGUCUACCAGGCCAUCGACAUAGGCUGCCUGGAGAGCCUGAAAGCUUUGCUGAAGGACAUCAACGACUUAGUGCGGAUAAAAGCCACAGAGGUGCUCUACAUCAUGGCGAUCCAUACCAUGGGCAGGGACGGCCUUUUAAAGCACGACAUCAUCCGUGCCCUGUCCUUCCUGUUGAACGACGCAAACCCCAUCUGCCGCGAGAACCUGCACAAAGUGUACAAGCUCCUGGCCCUGCUUCCUUCAGGGGCCCAAGGCAUCCUCAACAGCGGCCUGAUCCCCUCGCUGGUGUGGAAGCUGCAGAAGGAGCAGGGGGCCAUCCAGGAGCUCAUUCUGGACACGCUGGCCUCCUGCCUGCGCGUGGAUGCCACGGAGGCCCUGGGCAGCCGCGUGGUGCCCUUUCUAAAGCAGCAGCUCCUCAGUGGCAGCCACAGCAUCCGGGCCAAGGCUGCCUGCACGCUCAUGGCCGUCAGCAUCCCCUGGCAGGGCAAGAAACAGGUGUGGCAGUACGGCGUCAUCCCCAUCCUGGUGCAGCUGCUGAAAGACGACGUGGACGAGGUGCAGGCCAACGCCGCCGGGGCCCUGAUGUUUGCCACCGUGACCACGGAAGGGAAGUAUGCGGCCCUGGAAGCAGAAGCCAUCAGCCCGCUCCUGGACCUGCUGUGCUCGCCCACGAACAAGGUGCGCCUGAAUGCCACCAAGGCCCUGACCAUGCUGGCCGAGGCCCCCGAGGGCCGCAGAGCCCUGCAGUCCCACGUGCACACCUUCCGUGCCCUCGAGAAGGAAGCCAGCGAGGCCACCAUGCGGCGGGUGGCCCAGAUUGCCAUCAGAGUCAUUGAGGGGAAACCCUGA